UGCUUGCUCUCAGGUCGGCGGUGAAGAGGGUAAAUGGCCCAGCUUAUUUUAGGCCUGCAAUAAUAAGGCCUCGUGGGCCGGAGAUAGACACAAAGCCUGCAAAAUGGGCUUCAUAAGAUCUGAAAGCAUCAAAUCCGCCGUAAUUAGUCGAAAAGCCCCCUGCCAUACUACGAAAAUACAAUGCCCACCCAAAAUCUGACCGUUGCUUGCAUCUGCAGAGCGCUCGAUCACUCGACCGUUGGACGCAGCGCAAUCCCUAUUGCCUUAAGCCGCGCGCCGAGAACCCAACCCACGCGGAUCAUCACACUUCCACUCCCCUCCUUCCGUCUCUGCUUCCCUUUCCCGACUCCAAUCUCACAAUCAACUCAGAUCUUUCCCAAAAAGAUCGUCUCUUUCCCGGUUUCCUCCACCAAAGAUCCGUUCUUGGACAAGAAACCAAGAAAGCAGUCCGAGAAGAAGAGGCCUUGUGAUGGCGGAGCGGGGCAAGAACGACGCACACAUCGUGGAGAUCCCGGUCUCCGUCGACGGGGGCGAAGCCGUCGGAGGAGAUGCGGUGGCGACGCCGUUUCUUGACAAGGCGGAGGCAGGUGGGGGUCACCCGCUGGGGGAGAUCGCGGCGAGCGCGGGGCACCUGCUCCUGCUGAAGCUGUGGCAGCGGGAGGAGUCCCGCCUGGGGCGCCGCGCGUGCGCGCUGGAGGCGCGCAUGGACGCGGCCCGCCGGGACGCCUUCUUCCUCUGCGCGGCCUUCCUUGCCUUCCACGGCCUCUCCCUGGCGCUCCUCUUCGCGGCGUCCGUGGCCACCGCCGCCGGCUCGGAGGCGCCCACGAGCGCCACCUGCAGGAGGUGGUGGGCGCCGUCGUCGCUGUCGCUGGCUGCCUCCCUCGCGCUCGCCGCGGCCGUCCAGCUCCGGGUGUGUGCCUACUGGCGGGCCUCGGCGCGCCUGCGCCGGGACCGCGGCGAAGCGCGGGCUCUCGCGCGCGUUGUGCAGGAGCUCCGCAUGAAGGGCGCCGCGUUCGACCUGUCCAAGGAGCCGCAGUACGGGGUGACGAGGGCCAAGUGCGCCAGUGUCGAGGGAGCAGGGGCGUGGCGGCCGCUCCAGUGGUGCCACCAGAACAUCGUCACCGCCUGCCUGCUCGCCGUCGCUGCCGCCGCAUUGCCCUCCGGCAAGUUCAUCCUCUGCGCCUAGGAUGGAGGCUAUGUUUUGCGUGAGUUCAGAAUCUACUCGAUUUCUUGUGGGUCGCCGGUUUCUUGAGCUGAUUCUGAGAAAGCGGAAGAAGGUGGAAUGCUAGUGUUCGUCGCUGCAUAGGACAGAUCACGGCUUGUGCUCCAAUGCUAGGAUAAACUGAGUGAGAUGCAACAGGAUUAACAUCGUUGAUUUUCCCCUGCCCUGAAAUGUUUUAAGGGCGCAUUCUUUGUAUUCUUGACGGUAGCUGCAGCUUCCAUUGAUAUUCUGACAUAAUGCUCGAGGUCCUUGUUGGGCUUUAGCAUGAAAAGUUAUAUGUAUUUUCAGAAGGAAAAGUUUUGUUUAGUUCUUCAA